AGCAUAUAAAAACUUGUUCGAUACUGAUAGGGUUUUCGUUAGACCGCCGUCUGCUUCCAAGUUCGCCGCGGAACACAGGACUCGAAGAUGCCGUCUCACAAGACUUUCAGAAUCAAGAAGAAGCUCGCGAAGAAGAUGAGGCAGAACAGGCCUAUCCCGCACUGGAUCCGUCUGAGAACCGACAAUACUAUCAGAUACAACGCAAAGCGCAGGCACUGGCGUCGCACCAAGCUAGGGUUCUGAGGUGCUUUCGAUUUAUAACUUUAAUGCUCAUUUACUUUGAAUUUGUUAAGAUUGCGGACAUAAGUGUUCUUAAGGACCUAUUAUUAUAUUUGCGCAACUGAAAUUUAGUUCAUCUGAUAUUUUUGUUAUCAUUUAUACACUGAAGUUUGAAGUAGUUCGGGAUAGAAUGAAUUUUCUGGCAGGCAUCAUGUCUGUGGCUUAGCAGUUUAUCCA